AUGAUCCAAGGAAAGAGAGCAUGCAGAGCGCAGUCAAGUAAAUCUAAGAAACCAUUGAUUGCAUCAGGAUGGCACAAGAGGCUGAGUGAGUCACAGGAACCCAAAUCUCAGUGGCUUGGAGAACAAAGACUUAUGUUUUUGCUCAUUCUGUGUGUGGCUGGCAAUCAACCGAGGGUCUGUUCUUUUCUCAGUGAUGUCUUUAUUCUAGAAUCUCGGCUGAAGGACCUGCCAAAUGGGGAAAGAACUACCAGACCACAAUUGUCCUCAGAGCUUCUGCUGAACAUGGAGCAUGUCACUGCUCUCCACUUCCUAUGGCCAAAAGCUUGGCCAAGUCCAAUGUUAGUGGAAUGGGCACGUGUGCUCCUUCACUGGGAAGAGCUGCAAGUCAGGUAG